UGCGCAGAAGAGAGAAGAACAAGUUCUUUCCAUUUCCAUUUCCAAUCCCAAAAGAAGCCAGAAUCACGCCCUCUUUCUUGUUUUCACAGAACCAGACGACACCCAUCUCUCUCUUUCUUCGUACCUUUCAUGUAAUCCGUGACAAAAAUAAAGUUCCGUUAAUGAAGCUUCUUCAUCUCCUUCCUCUCGCCCUUCUUCUUCUUCCUUCUCUUCCUCUUCCAUUCCUCUCUGUUUUGGUGGCUGCCUCUCCGUUUCCUUCUCCCAUUUCUCCAUUCCUGGAUUCCAUGGCUGCUUCCCCUCCAGGAAUCCCGAUGGAAAUGGAGAGCCUUAGAAGCGAAGCCCACAAGAAAAUGCCGAUUGUCCUUAUCGUUUGUGCCUCAUUCGGUGCAGUCUUAGUGGUUUCACUGUUUUUGUGGGUUUAUUACAGAAGAAACUCCCCCAACUUCCAUAAACGAAACGUUCAGAGAUCAGAUGCCGAGAAGGGUCUGGUUGGGUUAGCUCCAAUUUUGAGAAAAUUCAGCUCAAACAAAAUGGUGGGUCACAAUAAAGUAUCUGUUCCACUCAUUGAUUACGAGGUGCUGGAAAAAGCCACCAACGUUUUCCAGGAAAGUAACAUUCUAGGGGAGGGUGGAUUUGGGAGGGUUUACAAGGCUCGUUUAGAACAAAACCUUUAUGUUGCUGUGAAGAAACUAGAAUGUAACGACAAGGACGCAGAGAAAGAAUUUGAGAAUGAAGUUGAUCUAUUGAGCAAAAUUCAGCACUCAAACAUCAUCCGCCUUCUGGGUUACACCAUUCAUGGAGAAUCAAGGCUUAUUGUGUACGAGCUGAUGGAAAACGGAUCAUUAGAGACACUGUUACAUGGACCUUCACAUGGAGAGACAUUAACAUGGCACAUGCGCAUGAAGAUUGCUCUUGAUGCAGCUAGAGGAUUAGAAUAUCUGCAUGAGCACUGCAAACCUGCAGUAAUACAUAGAGAUCUGAAAUCCUCCAAUAUUCUUUUAGAUGCAAAUUUCAAUGCCAAGCUUUCGGAUUUUGGCCUGUCUGUAAUUGUUGGAGCACAAAACAAGAACGAUAUAAAGCUUUCUGGGACGAUGGGUUAUGUUGCUCCAGAGUAUCUUUUAGAUGGUAAAUUGACUGAUAAGAGUGAUGUUUACGCAUUUGGUGUGGUGCUUUUGGAGCUUCUUUUAGGAAGAAGGCCUGUUGAAAAACUGGCACCAUCUCAAUGCCAAUCCAUAGUCACAUGGGCUAUGCCUCAGCUCACUGAUAGAUCAAAGUUGCCUGAAAUCAUUGACCCGGUGAUCAAAAACACAAUGGACCCGAAACAUUUAUUUCAGGUUGCUGCUGUUGCUGUAUUGUGCGUGCAGCCCGAACCGAGCUACCGUCCCCUAAUAACAGAUGUUUUGCACUCUCUUAUUCCUCUUGUUCCCGUUGAGCUUGGAGGGACUCUCAGAUCAUCAACACAAGCAGCAGCUCCUGUGGCUCCAGCUUAGCUAUUAGUUGGUAGGAAGAAGUGAGAGAAAGAGAAGCGUUUCAUGAUAUACUACAGCUCUGGUUUCAGGGUUCUUCAAUGCUCAAAUACAUGAUUCUUUCAAUCAUAUUUGUUCUUAUUUCUGCAAAUAUGAUUGCUGGGAUGGAUGAUGAUAUGAACACCAAUUGCUCUUGGUGCUUGGUUGAAAUCCUUGUGAGGACUGGUGGAAUGUCUUACUGCAUAUAUUUUUUUUAUCCUCCACAGAAACAAUAAAAAUGUAUAAUUUUGUGUACAUGGUCAUCGAGGCACACUCUAAAAAGUAAUAUAGUUAGUCGACUCUUGAAGUGAUAA